UGUCAAUCCUCUAAAGUAGCACCGGGAGACUCGGAAUCAAUUCGUUAGGUGGUUAUUUCGUCAAGUAAGAUAUGAUCGGAGUCUGAAGUUGAAAUUCUGUUGAGAAGCUAUAUGGAUCGCCUGAUCACGUCCUUUCAUCAUGAAACAUCACAGGUUCAGUUCAACGUCGAAUAGUCCACUGCAUUUAACCUAGCGAGGUAGUCAAGGCGGUGCUAGCUAACUCUUUAGGUGUUAGUGUAUUCACUCGACCGGUAAAUAUGGGGUUCUACCUAUAGUGGCUUCUGGUGGCAGCCAUGAUUAACCAUGAUUAACAAGCAGAGAACAUCGAACCCGUUUCCAUGAAAUCUGGGUAGAAAACUCCGACUUCUAACGACAUCCCGCACGCUAGUUGCCGAUCUACAUAGUGAAGCUUGGAUUCCAUUUGUAGCGGUGGGACGGGUGGUUAUCUAAGGACAAUUCGAAAGUUGGAUGAUCAACCGCCAUGCCAUGUAUUCUAGGCUUGUUUUUGGGCAUCGUGCGUGUGACUACUGGUAAGACAGCAGUCAAUCUUGAUGCCAAGAGGCCUAGGCAGGAGAGCCGUCUAUCUUCUAUCCACCCAAAGGGUAUAGUUCUGUGGACCCAGACGGUAACGAAGGGUGCUAUGUAUGUAAUCCACUAUGGAGUUCUUCUGAAUUCUCGCAAAGUUCACCGUAUACACUACUACUUACUAUCCCUGACGUCGAUGGAGCCUUACGGAGAUAUUGGCCAAAGAAGAUGUUUACCUUAGUCAACUAGUCUCAUAUAACUAAUCGAGAAGUAGUUAUUGAUUGACAACUCACCGAGCAGAACUACAAGCGUAGACCUACAACGCCUUGGUAUAGAGUCUCCAGUCAAUGUACCCGCAGGUACCGUUUAUAAGCUAACAGCGACUUUGCAUCCGAUACGAAGCUAUGUAUUCGACCGAUUGAUUAACGGCUUGC